UUAUGAGUUCUUCAUUAUUACUUUUCCUACAUAAACUUGCUAUUAAUUAAAACAUUUAGAUUUAAUUCGUCAGAACAAGUUUGCAACUGACACUAAGGAAAUCAUACUGACUGUAAAUCAUUGCGAAUUUACUUAAUUUAGAGUGGUCAUUCCUAGCGAUCGUCGAGAUGUUUGUUUUACAGUAAACGUUGACGUUAUGCCCUGUCUCUUUCAAUUAUAUUAUGCCAUCUUCCUCGUCGGUUAUAUAUUAUAAUAACUGAUGAUAUUGGCAGAAAAGGAAUUUUUAUAUCUGACAUCUUCCUUAUUCAUCUUCUUUGAUAGACUAAAGGAAGCUGUUAUACAGAAGAGGUAUAACCAUGUUUAUAUAAAUUGGUGAUGAAUUAUAGUGAAACGUUUCCUCUCUAUGAGAUUGUCAUCAACAUUUCUCACAUUCACUGCUUAAUAUUUGUAGCAGAUUAAUUUCAUUUGAAAUAAGCUUGGAUUAAAUUACAAAGACACUUUCUGCACCUUCAGAUAUCAGCAGAGAUAAAAGUUGAUAAAAAUAUAACAAAACAAACUGCUGGUACGUGUAAGUUAUAAAAUGAGAAAUAAGAAAAAUAUUCCUACAUAUAUACAGAGUAGUAAGAGCCAAAAAUUAUGGAAGAUUUAAUUACAUAAGAAAGUUUGAGAGUUGAUUUUCUUUUUCUUAAUGCCCUUAACAUUGAAACCAGCCAUACCCUGCCUAUAUAUUCUGACUAUUUUACAAUCAGUACAACAAGAUUUGGCCUAUCAUACCUACCCUGCAAUGCCACUCAAAAAAAUCACAUCUUUGAAGUUGCAAACCUAUGAGAUAAUGCAGGUUUAAUUCAAAACAACUUGAAUAAAAAUAGAAUUACAAAUAGCAGAGUAAUUUGAAUGCUAAAAGGUUUAAAAGAUGCCGAAAGAGGUAGGGAAAACACCAUACCAAUGUGAUAUGUGUCAAAAAUCGUUCUCUCAAGAACAUCACCUUACAACUCACAAAUAUAUUCACACAGGAGAAAAACCAUAUCACUGUGAUAUCUGUGGUAAAACAUUUCGUCAGAAUGUACACUUAAUUGUCCACAAACGUAUUCAUACAGGAGAAAAACCAUAUCACUGUGACACCUGUGGUAAAUCAUUCGCUACGAAAACAAACUUAAUUCGACACAAGCUUAUUCAUACAAGAGAGAAACAGAAUCACUUUGAUGUUUGUCGUAAAUCAUUUCCUUGGCAUGCCAGUGUAGAUAAAGACAAUCGCACACAUACGGGGAUGAAACCUUAUCGCUGUGAUAUCUGUGGUAAAUCAUUCUCUCGGAGUGGUAACUUAGCUAGACACAAGCACAUUCAUACGGGAGAGAAGCCAUAUUGCUGUGAUAUCUUUGGCAAAUCGUUCUCUCAGAGUGCUCACUUAGCUAUGCACAUUUGCAGUCAUACAGGAGAGAAGCCAUAUUGCUGUGAUAUCUGUGGAAAAUCAUUCUCUCAGAAAACUAACCUGGAUAUGCACAAUCACAUUCAUUCAAAAGAGAAGACAUUUCGAUGUGAUAUCUGUGGUAAAUCAUUCUCUCGGAAUGAUCACUUAGCUAGACACAAGCACAUUCAUACUGCAGAGAUGCCAUAUCGAUGUGAUAUCUGUGGUAAAUUCUUUUCUCGGAACGAGCAAUUAGCUACGCACAAUCGCAUUCAUACAGGAGAGAAGCCAUAUUGCUGUGGCAUCUGUGGUAAAUCAUUCUCUCAGAAUCAGCACUUAGCUAAACACUAUCGUAUUCAUACAGGAGAGAAGCCAUAUUGCUGUGAUAUCUGUGGUAAAUCAUUCUCUCAGAGUUAUAACUUAGCUAAACACUAUCACAUUCACACAGGAGAGAAACCGUAUUGUUGUGAUAUCUGUGGUAAAUCAUUCUCCCGCAAUGAUUGCUUAGCUAAACACUAUCGCAUUCAUACAGGAGAGAAACCGUAUUGCUGUGAUAUCUGUGGUAAAUCUUUCUCUCAGAAUGAUAACUUAGCUAAACACUAUCAUAUUCAUACAGGAGAGAAGCCAUAUCACUGUGAUACUUGUGGUAAAUCAUUCUCCUGCAAUAAUAACUUAGCUAAACACUAUCGCAUUCAUACAGGUGAGAAACCAUAUUGCUGUGAUAUCUGUGGUAAAUCGUUCUCUCAGAAUGCUCACUUAGCUGCACACAAUCGCAUGCAUACAGGAGAGAAACCGUAUCAAUGUGAUAUCUGUGGUAAAUCAUUCUCUCAGAAUUAUCACUUAACUAAACACAAUCGCAUUCAUACAGGAGAGAAGCCAUAUCUCUGUGAUAUCUGAAGUAAAUCAUUCUCUCAGAAUGAUAGCUUAGCUAAACACUGUCACAUUCAUACAGGAGAGAAGCCAUAUCGCUCUGAUAUCUGUGGUAAAUCAUUCUCUCAGAAGUAUCACUUAACUAAACACAAUCGCAUUCAUACAGGAGAGAAACCAUAUCAAUGUGAUAUCUGUGGUAAAUCGUUCUCUCAGAAUGAUUGCUUAGGUAAGCACAGUCAAUUUCAUUCAAAAGAGAAAAUAUUUCAGGCCUUCUACCUAGAGCAGAAAAUUAUUUUAUGUCAGUUUAACAUGCAUUUUAUUAUAUAAAAAAAAGUCCUUUAAGCAAAAUUUGGGUGAACUGACGAACUGUAAGCCAUAUAUACACUGUGCGAAUGUAAGUCUUUGUUUAACUAAUUCGUGAGCUUCAGAUAUUUUACUCUCUUUAAGAAAGGAUUACAUUUUCAAUAAUAUCAUAUCAAAAACAAGGUU